AUGAUUGGAGACGUCAUAGCCGCCAUCGACCUCGGUACCAGCCGUUCCGCGUACGCGUACACCGUCACUGGGCGUGAUGAUAUUAUUCUCGGGGUGCCAGGCCGACUGAACGAAUCCAAGGUCUCGGUCGAAAGGAAGACCGCUACGGCAAUCCUACUAAAACGCGCGCCCAAGAAGAGCGGGGGCUGGUGCAUGGUCACCUUCGGAGAUGGGGCCGAACAAGAAUACCUGGAGGCUAGGACGAAGGGUGGCGAGGCUGAGAGCGAUUUGGCCCUUUUCAAGUACUUCAAAAUGGAGCUGUUCAAGGGUGGACGAAAGGGCACUAAGCGUUCUAGCGUAGACGACGCCGAGGGUAUCUCCGAGGACCAGAAGACGCGGCUUCCUCUGAUCUACGUCGUGUCGCUGGCCCUCGAGUACAUCAAGGACGUGGUCAUCAACCGGCUGAACAAGGCUGACAGCCACACGCUAAAGGCUUUUGACAUACGCUGGGUGCUAACCGUUCCCGCCAUUUGGAGCUCUUUCGGAACGACGUUCAUGCGCACGGCAGCAUUGAGGGCCGGCCUCAUUCAACGGGAGAAUGACAUGGAGCAUCUACGUCUUUGCCUGGAGCCAGAGGCCGCGUGCCUCACGGUCGAACACCACCACCGCAAUGUCCACAAGUGGGAAAACGGGAUGAAGGUGAUGGUCCUCGACUGCGGGGGUGGCACCAUCGACAUAACGACCCACCACGUCGUCAGCACCAACCCCUUAGGUCUCGAGGAGCUCGAAGAACCCGCGGGUGGCCCAUGGGGAUCUACGACGGCAGAUGCGAAGUUCAAGCUUUUCAUAAAGGAGCUGCUCCGUUGUACCGAUGAGCAAUGGGCAAGGCUGGACAAAUCAACUGAGAUGUUCGAGCUGAUGGCUGACUGGGAGGCCAAGAAAACGGACCACUACCCUGGAAAAAACGUUUGGAUCAGUAUCGCUGGAAUGCUUGAUCUAGUCGGCAUGAGCGUCAAGGACUGCGAGGCUUCACGGAAGCAGUUCAACGAGACAUCGACGGUACGCCUCAAAACAGGAUCAAGAGCGCCGGCGAAAGCUGAGGGUAUGGGGCGGAGGGUCUCGCUCACCCCGGAACUGGUGAGCAACUUCUUCAAAGAGGCCAUGGUCGAGAUCAUUAAGGCCACCCAGACGGUGCUGGCAAGACAGCCGGAAAUCUCCGUCGUCUACAUGGUCGGAGGAUUCUCUGCAAGCCCUCUGCUGCAAGAACAUGUCACCGCCGCGGUGCAACAGCCAGGUCUCCGCGUGGAAGUGGUGGAGAGGCCGGGCCUAGCCAUUGUGCUUGGGGCAGCGCGGUAUGGGACUAGCGACUCCACGAUUGUGUCUCGCAAGGCACGCCUGACAUACGGCACCAAGACGAUGACCGAUUACGAUGAACACAAUCCGGAGCAUACCAAGCGUAUGAAGCACGCCCGCUAUAUCGGUGGUGCCUUGUACCUCGACACGUUCAGCUGCUAUGUCGAAAAAGGGAUCGACCUGCCAGUGGGAACGGACAAAGAAGAAACGUUUUACCCCUUGACCAAUGAACAGACGGCCGUCUCGUUUGACGUGUGUAUUUCACUGAAGCCCAAGGCGGGCAUCAAGUACCUCAAGGACAACGGGGUGGACAAGCAGCUGAGCCUUCUGAAAACCGUCUCUGCUCCCAUGGACAUGUCCGUCCCCAUGCGUAAACGGGGAGUGUCUAUGCAGCUGUCGUUCGGUGGUACCGAGCUCGGCAUCAAGUGCACCAGGUGCUCAGACGGGCACGAGGUGAUCACGAGCACCGUGUUCGUGGAAGACAUCGAGGACACUCGGUUCGAACCACGCUGCUGA